CCAGAACUGCCUUCCAUUUCUUCAUUCUCUUCCUCAUUGCCUCAACUGGGUGGCCAGAGCGGCUUCAGGAGAGUCUGCACCACAGAUGAACCCACUGCCUGUCCAAUCCCUGGACUGGCAGCAGGCGUGCUCGAAAUGAGAGUGAAGGAAGGAAGCAAGAUCCGAAACCUCUUGGGAUUUGUAAUGGCUCGUAUGCAGAGAGAGGGACAGGAAGUGGAUGGGAGUCAGAUUCAGACGAUGCUGAGUGUGAAAGAGGGAGUGACAGUGGACAGGAUUCAGAUGGGGAAGAGGCAAGGAGAGGGAGUCAUGGACAUUGGCCGGAGUCAGACCCGGACCGGGCUGAGAGUGAGACAGGUGGUUUUCACUGGAUCAGGUAAAGGGAUCACCAAAACCAUAACAUGUGUUGAGAUCCUGAAACGGAAACUGGGAGGACUACACCAGCUAUCCAAGCUCCACUACAAGACUGUGAGUGAGGUGUGGGAGAGUCAGGAGACUGACGUGACACCCAGGUCCAGGAUGACUGUUCAUAAGACUGUUCCUGCUAUCAGUAUCCUGCUCUCCAAACACCCAUUGGACCCACGUGAGCCUGGGUAUCAGCCCCCAGAAACCCUGCUUGAUCCUAGCUACCAACCCCCAGGGCACCAGCCUCCUAGGUAUCAGCCCCCAGAAACCCUGCUUGAUCCUAGCUACCAACCCCCAGGGCACCAGCCUCCUAGGUAUCAGCCCCCAGUGACGCUAUGUGACAGUGUGAAAAUUCCACCUCGACCACGGCUCGAAUUCCGCGAAACACAACUGUUGUCAAUACCACUGACCCAGAAAAGCCAAACCCCUUUUUGGUUCCAGAGUGCCGGUACCUCUAGUUCUCAGGAGGGCAGUAGCGAUGCACGGAGCUGUACGCCACACCUGUAUGCCGCCUCGGAGAAAGAGAGGAAAACAACAGGAGGAGAGACACUCUACAGUCCUUGUUCAUACAUGUUGCCUGGUCCUGAAGCCAAGAGAACCUGUAUGGAGAACCACCUGUUCCCCUCGACUCCCUCAACUUGAAAGAAACUUGAGUUCCAUCUGCUCUGUGCUCCUGUUAGACACAACAGAGAAACAGAGGAAAGUGAGGAGACAACUGGAAGAGAUUGCUUUUGAGUAAAUGUUUAAAUUCUAGAAUAGAUUAUUAAAGGUGUAGUGGGUUAGGAACAAAUAGUAAACGCCUACUUUUUCAAAUUAUAUUUCAGUAGUUUAGGAAAAAUGUCUCAUAAAAUKAUGGCAAAAUGCUAAAUAAAUGUAAUUUAUGUAUGAUAACGUGCAACAACAAAAAAAAAAACGAAAAAAAUCGUAAUUUUAGGACCUUGUGCUGGUUAGGUCUUCAGCUGCUAGCUAACGUCCUUGAAUUUGUCACUAGU